GGUUAUUCCUCGUUCAUAUCUGUUUCUCAUCUCCUAUUUAGGUUUCGUCUCUGAAAGGUUACGAAGAUUUUGGUACUUUUCUUCGGUUGCUGAGAGAGAGAAGCUCUGGAUUCGACCUUUGCCCUUACGAGGCGAGGGAGAGGGUAUGCCGUUAGGCGUGGAGGUUUUUUCUGAGUGUGAUCCGAAGCCCUUAACGUUCUCUCUUGAGGUAUGGAGCAAGUGCGCAUCUGGUCGAACUGCUUCCAGUAUUGCUUUUUGUCAAUACAAACGGUUCUCAAUUGGCGGUUCUGUGUCCUUGGAGAAUUCCUUCUUGUUUCCUUUGUCAACUCCACUUAGUUGCUGGCUGAAAUUAAAUGAUCACUAUAGGAGGCCUGAUGCAAAUUUUUUCUGAAAUUUGUGUUGGACCUGUGUUGCUGUUAUACAAUGCAUUACCAACACAGCUUUGGCGUGAAAUCUUUUUGGAAACAUCUUGUGGGGGCUGAAGUCUUCAAGUAAAUGAAUGGAAGUUUCAUAGAUAGUUACUAGUAGAUAUUUCUAUUCCUUCCAAUCCAUGCAGGCUUUUCAGUUUUAGUUAUAUGUUAUUCCUGGUUUAUGCUGGACUCGUGUGGUGAGCUAUCUGGUAAUUGAGAAUCCUGGUUGCUAGUUCUAUAGAAUAAAGGAGAAUUUGAAGUUCUCAUACACUUGUCAAAUGAGUGGAUGAUAUUGGAGUCAGAAGCAAGAUGCUUUGCAGUAUGCGAUUUUCCUUGCCAUCCAUCUCCACUUACAGAUAUGAAGCCAUGAAUUUGGAGUUCUUUAUGAAUAAGGCUUGGAAGACCGUCCAUCAGAAGGAUAUUGGCCUUGUAUUCAUGCAUGUUGGAAGUCAAUGUUGAUGGUGGAUUUGCCGAAGAGCUUGUCUAUAUUCAAUUGCAUACGCUGAGAUCUCUCUUUGGUAUCAUACUCCUUCAAGUGGAAUGACACAUUUUUCAUUGAUAGAUCCUACAUUAUUUUAUUGAAUAAGAAGAGGCGGCAAAAGCUUUUGGAACCUUUCUUUAUUGUUCACCAACAAAAAUGGACCGUUACAAGAUAAUUAAAGAAGUUGGUGAUGGAACAUUUGGGAGUGUCUGGCGGGCUAUAAAUAAGCAGUCUGGUGAAGUUGUUGCUAUAAAAAAGAUGAAGAGAAAAUACUAUUCUUGGGAGGAGUGCAUAAAUCUUAGGGAAGUAAAGUCAUUGCGAAAGAUGAACCAUCCCAAUAUUGUGAAGCUCAAGGAAGUCAUUAGAGAAAAUGACAUCUUGUACUUUGUGUUUGAAUACAUGGAAUGCAACCUAUACCAACUAAUGAAAGAUAGGGGAAAGCUCUUCUCAGAAACUGAAGUCCGUAACUGGUGUUUUCAAGUGUUUCAAGCUCUUGCUUAUAUGCACCAGCGUGGAUAUUUUCAUCGUGACCUGAAGCCUGAGAACUUGCUGGUUACAAAAGACAUGAUCAAAGUUGCCGAUUUUGGUCUUGCUCGAGAAAUCUGUUCUCAGCCACCAUAUACGGAAUAUGUCUCUACUCGUUGGUACCGAGCCCCUGAAGUUCUGUUGCAGUCAUCGAUUUAUGAUUCUGCAGUUGAUAUGUGGGCAAUGGGUGCUAUUAUGGCUGAAUUAUUUACUCUCCGUCCUCUUUUUCCUGGCUCAAGUGAAGCAGACGAGAUAUACAAAAUAUGUGGUGUGAUUGGCAGCCCUGAUCAGAAUUCAUGGGCACAGGGACUUCAACUUGCAAAUGCUAUCAAAUAUCAAUUUCCCCAGUUUGCUAGUGUUCAUCUCUCUGUUCUCAUACCAUCGGCAAGUGAGGAUGCAAUCGACCUCAUAACAUCACUUUGUUCAUGGGAUCCCAGGAAGAGACCGACAGCAGCAGAGGCCCUUCAACAUCCUUUUUUUCAGAGUUGCUUUUAUGUUCCUCCAUCCCUUCGCACAAGAGCUGCAGCCUCUAGGAUGUCACCAUCUGGAAUAAGGGGUGCUGUAGAGCAAAAGAGCACCAAGAGAUAUUCAGGAACUUUAUCUGGUACCAAGUCUGCAAGCAAUUUCUCGUUUGCUAAAGUUUAUCCUUCUUUAGCAACAGCAGGUGCUCAAAGGAAGCUGGAAAUGGAUAACCUGGAAGCCAAUAAGACCAACAAAUCUAUCAAGAGCUGUGCUAAACAACCAAGAUAUCGGCCACCAGUUAGGAACAGCCCAU